UAGGCAAAGAGUUUUCUUUAGCUGCUCAAUAUCAUUCUUGUAAACCUUUCAAGGCUGAUAAAAGUUUGCUGUUCAAGAUUCUUGCAAGCCACCAUUUUAGCUUUAAAUUCGUGACUAAUGAAGGAAUCCACAUAAGAGGAAAAAGCAGCAAGUGCAUGAAAAUUAUAUUGUUCAGCCAUAUCAUUAUUGAAGAUCAGUCCAACAGACAUUCUGCAACAACUGUUACAAUAUAGCAUUGUGAAGAAUCAUGCCAGUGAAGUCUUCUUCCAGUGAAGAAAUGGAAGGCUUUGAAUCUGUGGACAAACUACUGGCCUGCAAAGACGGUCUUGAUGCAUUUAAAGCUUUCUUAAAAUCAGAGUUCAGUGAUGAAAACAUUGAGUUCUGGUUGGCCUGUGAAGACCUCAAGAAAACCAAGACAUCUACUCAAAUUGCAUUAAAGGCCAACAACAUUUAUUGUGAAUUUAUCAAGACUGAAGCACCAAGAGAGGUUAAUAUAGACCACAAGACAAGAGACAUUAUCUCCCAGAACAUCUCACAGCCAACAUCUAAUUGUUUUGAUGAUGCUCAAAAGCUUAUCCUGUGUCUUAUGGCCAAGGACUCAUUUCCUCGAUUUUUACGAUCAGAGAAUUAUAAGGACUUGAUAAAGAAGCAACAACAAAAUGGGCAGAAGAAAUGGCUGCUUUUCUGACCUUAUAGAAUACAGUUAGAUUGUAGAAAUACAAUGGGGUCCUUGUGCAUGGAAGGACGAGAAGAAUAAUAGUGUACAAUGUUCAAUCAAAUAUAGAUGAUAUAUACUACCGUAUAUGGAAUGCAAAACUGACUGUAUUAGGCAGACUUGUCUCAAUAAAAGCAUAUUCUUUAUGUCCAUGAUAUCUAAAAGUUGACCAAAAAGCACACCAACGGCACAGUAAAUUACCAGCAGCACUAUAUGU